AUGUCAAAGCUUAAUCAAGACCAGCUUAAAAAAGCAAUCCACGAAAUUAACGUCGACAAAAAGCAACGUAAGUUCACAGAAACCAUUGAUUUACAGAUUGGACUUAAAGACUACGAUCCUCAAAAGGAUAAACGUUUUGCAGGCUCAAUCAGACUUCCUCACAUCCCAAGACCAAAGCUCCAAGCCAUUGUCCUCGGUGAUCAAGUCCACUGCGAUCAAGCACAAGAACUUGGCCUCCCUUGGAUUGAUGCUGAAGGGCUUAAAAAGUUCAACAAGCAGCGCAAGCCAAUGAAAAAGUUCUUUAAGCCAUACGACAUCCUCUUAGCCUCAGAAUCCAUCAUUAAGCAGAUUCCAAAGCUCGUCGGGCCAAAUCUUACAAAAAUCAACAAAUUCCCAAUCGCUGUCAGUCCAGCUGAUAACUUGCAAGAAAAGAUUAAUGAGGCCAAAGGAACCAUUAAAUUCCAGCUUAAGAAAGUUUUGUGUUUGGGUGUCGCUGUAGCUCAUGUUGGAUUAUCAGAAGAAGAACAAAGACAAAAUGGGCUCCCAAAAAAUUUGUUUAAAAAAAUUGUUAAUUUUCUAUAAAAAUCACCAAUAAAUUUUUUUUUUUUAAAAGGCGACAAAAUAUCACAUUAUCAAUCAACUUCUUACUCCCCCCCCCCCUCCGUGAGCGAACAAAAAAAUUUUGUUCGCUCACGGAGGGGGGUUAAUUUUUUUUUUUAAAAAACAAUUUAUAUAUAAAUUUUAUAAAAAAUAUUUUUUUCGAAAUUUAAAAAAAAUCCUAAUUUGCAAAAAUUGGGAAGCAAAUACUAAUUUAAUUUGCAAAAUUUAUGUUUUAAAACGCAAUUUGUUUAAAAUUAAACAGAAUUAGCUCUAGAUUUCAUUAUACUAAUUAUCACUUAUAUAGCAAAAUUUUUUUCUAUUAAAUUUUUUUCUAUUAAAAAUAUUUUUGUUCACUCACGGAGGGUGGGUUUUUGGUCAAAAAAUGGCGAUUUUUCUAAUGGUUUUGUUCGCUCACGGAGGGGGGGGGGAGUUAGCAAGUCUUCUAAAGAAGAACUGGAACAACAUCAGGACUCUCAACAUCAAGACUACUAUGGGCAAGCCACAAAGAAUCUAUGGUUAA